CGGUCCUCUACGCUAAAACGAACAGCAGCUGUGCGCCUCCAACACUUCGGAUCAAUCUCUAGGGGAAUCUUGCUCCGUUUUGCUCAGACAAUCGGCAACACAAGUAGUAAACGCGCUUCUUUUCGGAGUGCGCUCCCUACCAUCCGUGGCUACACAACGAGAACGUAACCCCCGCGAAGACAGGUGGCAACACCACCGUGCGCUAGACUCCUAGACUCGGACGCUUAACGAGAGUGUAACUGCAGUUGGCGGCCGACUUGUGCACGGCACACGGGAACGCGGAGAAACGCGCUUGUUCCGACUCGCGGCAGAUUCGGGGGAAAGAGAUCCAGAGAGAAAGAGAAAUGAGAAUCAUAAUUCUAGUCGCAUUCGUCGUGGCCAUCCUCGCGGUUGCCUCGGCCCAGGAUUUCAGGCACUUCUUCGCGGGAUUUAGUCCGUACUCUCAAAUCGCAGUAAUGAGAGACCCAAGAUCGAACAGAGGUCCGAUAUUAUUCCCACCUGGACCGCCACCCAAUUCGGCCGACACCAGCGGCGUCGUUGUAGGCGCGAGCGGAUAUGGAUUCGUGCCGCCACACACAGGUUACAUCUACUUCGUCUACUAGAUGAUGAAUGAACGACAAAGUGACAGAAGACGACAACUUGAGGAAAAUGGUGGGUCAAGGUUUCGGACACGUCACGGCUCGCGGACUCCAAUCGGAAAUAAAUGAUAAACUCACAUCAGCAGUGCGCGCGGUCGUUGAAGGAAGGACGAAUCUCUACAGCAGUAGACUUUGUGCAAACGCAUUUAACAGCACACACGCGUGAGAAACUCGUCUAUCUUCCGUGAACUCUGCGCGCGGGAAUUACGUAAAGUUUUUCUCAGGACUUAUAUUAGCGCAAUACAAAUAGUUAUCAACGUUUUGAGAUACAAUAGCAAGAAUCGUACCUAAAUUACGUAGUAAAUAGUAGUUGAAUACGAUAUUAACGUUUACAGGUGAAAGUUGUAUGAAAUAGAGCGCAGUAAUAUAAAUAUAAAAAAAAAACUCACGUUAUUUCUUAUAUACGUUUCUUUGAUUUAAGUAUCAAAUGCGUUUGAAAAACCGAUUUAAUAGCGUUGGAAUUAAUAGCGGGGCAGCUUAAAUAUCGUUCUGUGUCGAAAUUGAUAUUACGCCACUUAGUCAUGACUACUUAAAGUCGCGAUAAUCUCUCGCACGCGGCAACAACCGUUCGUCGUAUCUAUGUAUAAUGGAGAGUCCACGAAAAUACGAAGUCGUAUUUUAUGGCGCAUUACCAGCGAAUACUUGCGCCUUAGCGACGUCAAAGGCGUGGAUAAUUGGCAGCAGCAGAAAAGCACGACAGUGCGAUCCUAGAACAAAGCGAGCGGGGCUGAAUAGCGAUUCGCUCUGGCGUUACAGAGUCGAGAUAUAAUAUCCGCUUAUGAAAUAAGACCGAUAAAUAGGUGAGUGCGCGCGAGCGCGCCUCUCUCGCCUCGGAGAGAUCCGACGAAAAUAAUUAAACCCGGCGGUGUGUUUUGCUGACUGGUGAAUUAUAUAUUGCGACUGUGUGCGAGGGCGAUUUAAUUAAGAGUAAGAUAGCCGUUUUCGGGCAAACAGCCGCUGUGCUCGUUACGGAUCCAAACCGAUCCGCGUUCAAGAUGUUACGCUCGCCGCGCGCGCAAAGCUCGGCGCGGAGUUAUUUAAUAAAUAAGUAUAAUACGUAAGAUUGUUUGUAAAUACGAUAGAUUGCGAGAGGUAGAAAGAGCAAAGAUAUAUGUGUAAGAGGAGUGUCGCGAAUCAAUGGGGCGCGUUUUCAGGUGCCGCCGACGCUUUCGUUUCCGUGUGUGACUUGGUCAUGGUUCUUUAAACGCGAGAACGUUACAUUCUACUAUCGACUGGCGCGCAUUAUAUUGCUCAGUUUCUCCGCUAAUCAAUUCCGCACGAGUUUGUUUUAAUCGUAUGCACGAUAGCAAAAUUUAUAUGCAAAUUCACCCAGUCCCGUUUGAUUCGUGGCAGACUGUCAGAGAUUUAGCGAAAACAUCCGCAUUCCGAAAGCAAUCAAACUUAUUGCAUUUACUCGCGU